CUUACCUCUUGUUUUUGCAUCAGCUGGACUGGACAUUGAGUGUUUUUGGGGGGAUCGUCCAAUUUGUAGAGACUCCUCGGUCCGAGGGUCUUUCAUUUGGAGGUCCCACCGAGAUCAGGACACCCCCCAGACUCAAUUUCACAGCCAGUUGGAGUUUGACUUUAGGUCACUGGCAGGAUGUUUUGAGCCGAGCACGCAAGGAAUCAGUAGAGAUCCGGAAGAAAAAGUGGCGGACUCUCUGUUUCUCGGAAUGGCCUGCUCUCAAUACAGGCUGGCCGAGAGACGGUACCUUUGACCUCACUACUAUCUUACAGGUCAAAACUCGUGUUUUCCAGCCAGGACCUUGGGGCUACCCCGACCAGGUACCCUAUAUUGUCACCUGGGAGAGCCUGAGCCGUGAUCCUCCUCCCUGGGUCAGGCCCUUCCUCCCACCCCGUCUUUCGGGCCCCUGCCCGACACCUCUGCCUUUGCCUGCUCCACUUAUCCCUACUCCUUCUGCACCCCCUUCGACUUCUUCCCUGCUCCCCUUGACAGAGCCCCGAUCUCCCAACCCUAGGCCCAAAGCCCCUGCCGUCUUGCCCAAUACACAGGAGGAUCUCCUCCUCCUGGACUCCCCUCCUCCUUACCCUAAUGCUGAGCAGGCAGCAUCCCAGCUCCCAGCAGCUGACCAGAGCCCCCCACCACCGAGCUCUACUACCGGAGACCCUGGGGACCCGUCGCCACCGUCCACCCGACUUCGAUCUCGAAGAGACAAAACACUGGAGGGGCCUGACAGCUCUGGAAUCUCCCAGGCUUUUCCCCUCCGGUCGAUGGGGGAGGGGCGUUACCAAUACUGGCCUUUCUCCUCUGCGGACCUUUAUAAUUGGAAGGCACAUAACCCCCCCUUUUCACAGGACCCCCAGGCCUUGACAGGUCUUAUUGAAUCUAUCCUCAUCACCCACCAGCCCACCUGGGAUGAUUGUCAACAGUUAUUAGGAAUUCUCCUCACAACCGAGGAGAGACAACGGGUACUCCUAGAAGCCCGGAAGAACGUCCCGGGGCCAGAUGGCAGACCCACCCAGCUCCCAAAUGAAAUAGAUGAAGUCUUUCCCUUGAUCAGACCGACAGACUGGGACAUCAACACAGCAGCCGGUAGGGAGCGUCACCGUCUUUAUCGCCAGACUCUGUUGGCGGGUCUCAAAGGGGCAGGAAGGCGCCCCACAAAUUUGGCCAAGGUACGUGCGGUAGUUCAGGGCUUGGAAGAGACCCCCGCAGGGUUUCUAGAGCGUUUGAUGGAAGCCUACAGAAUGUAUACACCCUUUGACCCCCAGGCUCAGGAUAGGGAAGCAGAUAUAAUCAUGUCAUUCAUUGGACAAUCGGCGCCUGACAUACGCACAAAGCUACAGCGCCUUGAGGGGCUACAGGGGUACACCCUUCGAGACUUAGUAAAGGAAGCAGAAAAGAUUUUCAAUAAGAGAGAGACUCCCGAAGAAAAGGAAGAAAGAUUACGAAAGUUACAGGAGGACAGGGAGAAUGUAAGAGACAAAAAGCAAAACCAAGAGCUAGCUAAAAUUUUGGCCACUGUAGUUCAAGGAUCAAAACAUAGACCAGGUCAGACAGGGAACCUGGGAGACAAAAGGAGAACAAGAGUGGAGAGAAACCAGUGUGCUUAUUGCAAGGAAAAAGGACAUUGGGUCAAACAUUGCCCGAAGAAUCCAAGGCGGAAGCCCACCCCCAUUCUCCCUCUGGAAAAGGGAGAUUAGGACAGUCAGGGCCAGGUGCCUCCCCCUGAGCCCCGGGUAACUCUUAACGUCGGGGGGCAACCCGUAACUUUCUUGGUAGACACGGGAGCUCAGCACUCAGUCCUGACUCAGACCCAGGGACCCCUGAGCACCCGGACAGCCUGGGUCCAGGGUGCCACCGGAGGAAAGCUACAUCGAUGGACAACUGAACGUAAGGUCCACCUGAGCACUGGACACGUGACUCACUCCUUCUUGCUGGUGCCCGAAUGUCCUUACCCCUUAUUAGGGAGAGACCUCCUCUCUAAAGUGGGAGCCCACAUUCACUUCCAUCAGAAGGGUGCCACCAUCACAGGAGAGGGGGGACAACCCCUCCAGGUACUGACCUUAAGGCUCGAGGAUGAAUAUAGACUUCUAGAGGAUCCCUUACCCCCCUCGCCAACCAUGGAGUCUAGCUGGUUAGAAAAAUAUCCCCAAGCCUGGGCAGAAACAGCAGGCAUGGGGUUGGCAAAAAAACAGCCUCCUUUAAUUAUCAACCUCAAGCCCUCAGCCACUCCAGCGGCCAUUAAACAAUAUCCUUUGAGCCAAGAGGCCCGGGAAGGAAUCAGGCCACACAUUAAUAGACUAUUACAACAAGGCAUCCUUAGGCCCUGUCACAGCCCUUGGAAUACCCCCCUUCUCCCCAUAAAGAAACCAGGUACGGGAGAGUACAGGCCCGUUCAAGACCUUCGGGAGGUCAACCGGAGAACUGAGGACAUCCAUCCGACAGUGCCCAAUCCUUAUAACUUGCUGAGCAUGUUGCCUCCGAGCCACAUCUGGUACACGGUGCUAGAUCUUAAGGAUGCAUUCUUUUGCCUCAGACUGAGUCCCCAGAGCCAGCCCAUGUUCGCGUUUGAAUGGAAGGACCCGGAGACUGGGUUUUCUGGCCAGCUCACUUGGACACGGCUCCCCCAGGGGUUCAAAAACUCACCAACUCUCUUCGAUGAGGCCUUACACCAAGACCUAGCAGACUUCCGGAUCCAUAACCCUAACCUGAUCCUGCUUCAAUACGUAGAUGACCUCCUCCUGGCAGCGGAAUCUGAAAAAGACUGCCUCCAAGGUACCGGGGCCUUACUGCAAAAGCUGGGGGAAUUGGGGUACAGAGCUUCAGCAAAGAAAGCUCAACUUUGCAGGGAACAGGUCACCUACUUAGGAUACCGGCUCCAGGGUGGCCAGAGAUGGCUAACAGAGAGCCGUAAGCAAGCUGUAGCCCUGAUUCCAGCACCCAAGAGCUCCCGGGAAGUUCGGGAAUUCCUGGGCAGCGCAGGGUUCUGCCGUCUCUGGAUCCCAGGUUUCGCGGAGCUGGCAGCCCCACUGUAUCCUCUGACUAAGGCUAACACCCCUUUUUCAUGGACAGAGGAGCAUCAGAAGGCCUUUGAUGGCAUCAAAAAGGCCUUACUGUCUGCCCCUGCACUAAGCCUCCCCAACAUAAACAAGCCUUUCACCCUUUAUGUGGACGAAAAGGCUGGGAUGGCAAAAGGGGUCUUAACACAACAGCUCGGACCCUGGAAAAGACCUGUAGCAUACUUCUCUAAGAAAUUGGACAAUGUGGCCAUGGGCUGGCCCCCCUGCCUCCGGAUGGUGGCUGCUGUGGCGGUUCUGACCAAGGACGCGGACAGAUUGACUCUGGGUCAGCAACUCACAGUGAUAGCCCCACAUGCGAUUGAGGCAGUGGUCCGACAACCCCCCGAUCGAUGGCUUUCGAAUGCACGAAUGACACAUUACCAGGCUCUGCUCCUCAACCCAGACAGACUGCGAUUCGGGGCAGCAACAUCCUUAAACCCAGCCACCCUCCUUCCGGAUGCGGAUGCCGAAACUGCUCUGCCCCAUGACUGCCGCCUAAUCCUGGCCGAGACCUGCGGAGCCCGAGAAGACCUGAUGGAUCAACCACUACAAGGAGCCGAGCAUACCUGGUUCACAGACGGGAGCAGUUUUCUGCAAGACGGUAUACGAAAGGCAGGGGCGGCGGUGGUGGACGGGCAGACUACAAUAUGGGCCAGUGCCUUGCCGCCAGGAACCUCAGCCCAGAGAGCAGAGCUGAUUGCCCUGACCCAAGCACUCAAAAUGGCUGAAGGUCGUAGAGUCAA